GACAUGGAUUCUAGCCGGUUAGUCGCUGGUAUGAGCGGACACACACCUGGAGAAUCCGCGGGCACGAGCGCAGUGGAUAUCGUGUCUCGGAGUGUUUGGAAUGCUGUGGCUCCUCGGGUGAGGACAGAAAUGCCGGAUCCAGCACGGAGAGUGAUCGUGCACCACACGGCGCUCUGGUGCUGCAGUCAGCCGCGGGAGAGUCUCACUCAGCUCGCACACAUCCAGCACAUGCACAUGCGAGAGCGGGACUUCGAUGAUAUCGGUUACAACUUUCUGAUCUCUGGAGAUGGGACAGUGUAUGAAGGGCGAGGAUGGGGAGUUGUAGGAGCUCAUGCAAAAGAACACAACUUAGAUUCAGUUGGCAUCGCCUUUAUGGGCAACUUCAGUGAUGAACAGCCCAGUUGUGCAUCACUGUCUGCUCUGCUGAGAUUGCUGCAUGUCGGAGUGCUUCACGGUCAUUUGCUGCUCAAUUAUGUGAUUUUGGGACACAGAGAUGUGGCAAACACUGAAUGUCCAGGGGAACAUUUAUACUCUGCACUACCAAAACUAAAAGACCAACUCAGAAAUCACUGACUUUUAUUUCUUUAUUUGUUUUUCAUGUAUUUCUGUUGCACUGGACUCUGUAUAUAUGUAGCGCUGUAUGUGAAAGUGAAUGCUUUGGAUCUUUUUUGUGUGUUUAUUUCUCUAAUAGCUUUUAUGCUUUAACAUUUAAAUCAAUUACAAUUUUUAAGCAUUGUGACCCUUGUUAAACUGCCUGGCCUAUUAAGGGAACGCUCGUGGAUUAAUGGAAUUUCGACCAUAAUUUAGAACCAAGAGUUAAAAGCUUGAAUAAGAAUUCUGCUCUGUUUACAUCGGAUGCAAGCGGCACGACUCAUCGAAAGGAAAUAUCUCCCAUAAUAAUCAAUGAUGCAGAGCUACUCCAGCCACUUUAUUAUCCCAUCCGUCUGAAAUAAAAUUAUUUUACUUUCCAUAUAUCUUAACUGAGAAUGUUUUAUUUAGAGUGCUGCUUCUAUUUUACAUGACAUAUGAAUAUUGCUACCUGUAAACACUAUGUGCAAAUCAAAUGUCUUGUUAUAAAAUCGUAGAUUCCAAGAUUUCUGCAUGUGAGCUCAGAGUCAAUGAAUUUAUGUUCACUAUUACCCUAUUCAGUCUUAUCUGGAGGCCUAAUUUAUCUUUCUUAAUUUGUUAUUUUGAACAAUAUUUUAUUUAUUAAAAUAAUUUUUGAUUACUCUAUUUGAACUAUUAUUUACUUUAUUAGCUGUAAGCUCCUUUGCACUACAUUAUUAUGCUUUAGUAGGCCAAAUAGAAAUCAAUUGUUUGUCAUACAAAUAAAGCAAAUUCAACUGAUAAUGUAAUUGUCUACAAAUACAACAUAAAAGUAUUAAAAACACCCUGAAGAUGGUUUUUGGACAUGCACCUCAGUAAUUCCAUGAUUUGAAAUGUAUUGGCCAUACCACAUGAUAGUUCUUGUUUAAUUUACACAAGCCUAUACACCAAAGUGUCGUGGAUUUAUCAUCUGAUAGCAUCACUUUUAUGAACUUUUUUCCGCUAUGGCAGACAC